AUGGGCUCGGUGACCAAGGCCGACAUUCCCGAUCCCGCCGCGGACCUGCAUUGGUCUGACUUCAAGGGACCGAUCCACGAGAUAUUCGCUGCGAAUGCGCGCCGGCAUCCCGAACGGCCAUGCGUCGUUGAGACAGCUACCACCAAGACACCUGAGCGCAACUUCACAUACAAGCACAUCGCCGAGGCCACCGCUAUAUUAGCACACCAUUUUGUGCAGAAUGGCAUACAGCGAGGCGAGGUGGUCAUGAUCUUCGCCCACCGCGGCGUCGACCUGGUUGUUGCUAUCAUGGCUGUUCUUGCCGCGGGGGCUACUUUCUCUGUCCUGGACCCUUUAUACCCCCCGGACCGUCAAUGCAUCUACCUCGAAGUUUCCCAGCCCCGCGCGCUCGUUGUAAUCGACAAAGCUACCCACGAGGCCGGACCUCUCUCACAUCAGGUGCGCAGCUACAUCGCAGAGAACUUGGAUUUACGAACCGAAAUUCCGGCGCUGGAGCUUCGUGAUGGCGGAACGCUGGUCGGUGGUCAAAAAGACGGCAAGGAUGUGCUAGACGGCCAGCAACAACUCAAGGCCGAAUUGCCGGGUGUGUUGGUCGGCCCUGACUCGACGCCUACGCUGUCUUUCACAUCCGGAUCUGAGGGCAAGCCGAAGGGUGUGAAGGGGCGUCAUUUCUCUCUGACGCACUACUUCCCCUGGAUGGCCGAGACAUUCGGAUUAUCCGAGGACGACAAGUUCACCAUGUUGUCUGGUAUUGCGCACGACCCAAUCCAGCGUGACAUCUUCACGCCUCUCUUUUUGGGCGCACAGUUGCUGGUCCCUAGCAAGGAAGACAUCCAGCACGAGAAACUUGCAGAGUGGAUGCGCAAGUACGGCGCCACAGUGAGCCAUCUUACUCCAGCUAUGGGACAGAUUCUAGUCGGAGGUGCUUCGGCUGUAUUCCCGAGUCUGCACCAUUCCUUCUUCGUGGGCGAUCUGUUGAUCAGGAGAGAUUGCAGAAGACUGCAGAAUCUCGCUCCCAACGUCCGCAUUGUGAACAUGUAUGGAACUACUGAGACGCAGAGAGCUGUGAGCUACUACGAACUGCCCAGUGCAAGCGAGGCACCCGAAUUUCUGGACACUCUUGGCGAGGUUAUUCCAGCGGGACGCGGAAUGAACAACGUCCAACUACUGGUCGUAGAUCGAGAAAAUAGGAACAGGAUCUGUGAGCCCGGAAAAAGCGGCGAGAUCUACGUACGAGCGGCCGGACUGGCAGAGGAGUAUCUGGGUCUACCUGACCAAACUGCUUCCAAGUUCGUGGAGAAUUGGUUCGUUGACCCUAAGAAAUGGGCCGAGGAGGACAAGAAGAAAGUGGAAGCGCAGGGCGCUGCAGAGCCCUGGCGUGAGUUCUACAAGGGACCACGAGACAGGCUGUACCGGUCCGGCGAUCUAGGCCACUAUGGACCCGAUGGGAACGUUCACUGCACCGGACGGGUCGACAACCAAGUCAAGAUUCGAGGUUUUCGUAUAGAGCUGGGAGAGAUUGAUUCUCACCUUGCCGCACAUCCAUUGGUACGCGAAAAUGUCACGUUGCUGAAGCGUGACGCUUAUGAAGAACCAACUCUCGUCAGCUACAUUGUACCAGAAAUGAAGCGGUGGUAUGACUGGCUUGAGGAGCGAGGCGUCACCGAAAACUCGACCGAAGAAACGGAUAUGGUGGGAAUGCUCAAGCGGUUCAAAUACCUUCGGGAUGACGUGCGAGAGCAUCUUAAGAAGAAGCUUCCUGCAUAUGCCGUUCCGUCCACUGUUGUCCCUCUCAUUCGAUUCCCGCUCAACCCCAACGGCAAGAUUGAUCGACCAGCACUCCCGUUUCCAGAACCAGCACAGCUCGCUGCUGCCGGCGCCAGAAGACCUUCUCAACUCGGCACUGCUCUGACCCCGACCGAGAAGAUCAUGGGAGGUAUCUGGGCUGACCUCCUUGGCGACCGCGGUGUUACUGCCGACACCAUCAGUGGCAGUGAUUCCUUCUUCGAUCUCGGAGGCCACAGCAUUGUCGCGCAACAACUUUUCUUCAGGAUCAGACAGCAGUGGAAGGAUAUCGACGUUCCUAUGACGACCAUCUUCCAGUACCCAACGCUUCGAGGCUUCUCGGCAAGCAUUGACCAAGCGCAAGAUCCGAUCGGUCUUCGUCUCGACACGGCAGAGGCUAUUGAAGAUGACCCUGAAGAUGAAGAUUACUCCGCGGACGCUAGGGAUCUAGCCAAGCAAUUGAGCGAGUUUAAGACCAAGGAGCCCUUGAAGCCGGGUCAAGCUAUUCAUACCUUCCUGACAGGCGCUACCGGUUUCUUGGGUGCCUACGUUCUUCGGGACCUUCUAUCGCGCCCCGGCAAAGUCACAGUUCUUGUGCGAGCGAAGGAUGUAGAUGCUGCGAUAGCUCGUGUACAUCAAACAUGUCAAGCAUACGGCAUCUGGGACGCUUCGUGGCAAUCACGCAUCACGGCUCUAGUCGGCAACCUUGAGUCAUCAAACUUUGGUCUCGCACCAGAUGUAUGGAACCAGCUUGCUGAUUCAGUUGACGUCGUCAUUCAUAACGGUGCGCUCGUGCACUGGGUACUUCCUUACUCCAGGUUGCGUGCGCCUAAUGUCGAGAGCACAAUGACUGCGCUAUCUCUCUGUGCGAUUGGCAAAGCCAAGAACUUUGGUCUCGUCAGCUCUACCUCCGUCUUAGACUCAGACUACUAUGUCAAGCUCUCGGAGAAGAGUCUUACUGAUGGCGGUACCGGCGUGCCCGAAGCUGACGACAUGGAAGGCUCGCGAAAGGGCCUUGGAACCGGCUACGGUCAGAGCAAGUGGGCUGCGGAAUACUUGACCAGGCAAGCAGGCAAUAGGGGGUUAGUUGGAACCGUCAUCCGUCCUGGAUAUGUGCUAGGAGACCCUGAAACAGGGACCACCGUCACCGACGAUUUUCUGGUUCGCUUGUUAAAGGGCUGUAUCCAGCUCCAGUCACGCCCAGAUAUCGACAACACCAUCAACAUGGUACCAGUGACGCACGUUGCCCGAGUAGUCGUCGCAUCGACUCUGAACCCACCCGUGUCACCAAUUGGCGUUGCGCAGAUCACAUCACACCCGCGCAUCACGAUCAACACGUUCGUCGGCAUGCUUGAGAAAUACGGCUACGAUGUUCCUCGAGUAUCAUACGCACAAUGGAAGAAGAACAUGGAAGCAUACUGCGCCGAUCAAAGCGGCAGAAAGGAGGAGCACGCCCUUUUGCCUCUCUACCAUUUCGUCACCGGUGACUUGCCAGCAGAUACUAAGGCGCCGGAGCUCGACGACCGCAACGCAGCGCAGGCUUUGAAGAAGGACGUGGAGUGGACAAGCCAGGACUGGAGUGCCGGCGGUGCGGUGACGGAGGACACAAUCGGUGUAUACGUGAGCUACCUCAUUGAGCUUGGAUUCAUGCCAAAACCGGAGGGCAAGGGGUUGUUAGACUUGCCUAAGGCAAGGUUGACAGAGAGUAUGAAGGAGGGCAUAGGCAAGGUUGGAGGACGAAGAGGUGUUUAA